AUGUUGUCCGACCAGGAGCUGGCCCAGUACGUGGAGUCCCUCGUUCAGCACACCGCCGCGCAGGGCGGCACCGGGAUAUCGGCGGAUGCCGUGGUGCGCCAGCUCGGGGCGCAGCUCGGCGUCGACCUCUCCCCCAAGGCGCAGCUCAUCCGCAGCGUCCUCGUCGCGCUCCUCGGCCCCGCCGCCGCGCCGGCGCCGGACCACGCGGCCUCGCGGAAGGACCCUUUCGACCCCGCAACCGCCGGCGGCGGCGGCGGCGGCGGGGCCCGCGCCGAGGGUCCUGCGCAGCAGCUGCCCUUCUCCACCUCCGCCGUCGCGUCGUCGGCCCCCGCCCCGUCGCCCGCCGUUCCCCACUUCUUCCCGCAGCAGCACCAGCACCAGAUGCAGUCUUUCCUCUCCGCCCCGCAGCAGUAUCAGCAGCACCAACGUUCCGGCGCGCCUCCCUCGCCGUUCGACGUCCCCGCGUCGUACCGCUACGGGCACCAGCCCUUCCCGCAGGCCGACCAGGCGCAGCUGCAGAGGCUCGUUCAGCUACAGCAACAGCAGUUGGCCGCCGCGGCGAGAGCGGCGGCUGCAGCGGCACCCACUCCGGCGGAGAGCCCCCGUGCGCGGGAGCCGGCACCGGCGCCGGCUGGCUCCAAGAAGGACAGCAGUGCUAGUGCUGGAGCAAAACGAAGAGGUGGUCCUGGAGGGUUAAACAAAGUCUGUGGUGUGUCUCCAGAGCUGCAAGCUAUCGUUGGUGAACCAGCCAUGGCUAGAACUGAGGAUCCUAACAAUAAGAGAAAGAUUAUAUGCAAUGAUGAGCUCCGAUUAGUUUUUGAGACUGAUAGCACAGACAUGUUCCAGAUGAAUAAGCUUCUAUCUAAGCAUAUACGUCCUCUGGAGAGUAAAAAUGAUUCGAAACGAGCAGCAAAGAAAUUGAAGCCAGAGGGUGGUGAACCAAUUCCUUCGGUUGAAACUGAUGUUAACCAAUUUCCCCUUACGGUUUCUGAUGCUCUUGCUACCUUUUUUGGUACGGGAGAAAGAGAAAUGGUCCAUUCUGAGGCUGUUAAGCGUGUCUGGGAUCACAUUAAAAGCAAUAAUUUAGAGGAUCCAGAGAAUCCUACAGUGAUACUAUCGACUUCGAAACUUAAACAACUCUUUGGAUGUGAUAGUCUUACUGCUCAUGGUGUCUCUGAGUUGCUUUCAGAACACCUUUACAAGCAAUCUACCAAGAUCUGA